GGAAGUGGUCGAGUCAAGCAGUCUGACACAACGUGAGAGCUGAAAGUCAAACGAAAACAUUUGGCAAAUAUCCUCCAAAUAUCGCGUUUGUGGACCUUGAAGUGAUCGCGGCAUGUCGUCCUUGUAACUGACUGUCGCUCCGGGCCGUGCAGAGCUUGUCAGAAUGUUUCAGGGAGUAGUUAAAAGGCUUUGUUUUUCACCAAACUCCGCAGUUUCACUUCUGUGUGCUCGACAUUGCUGCAGGAAGACACACAAAAAACUGAGAAUAUCCGAAGCUUUUUCUUCUCAGCUGGGAGCAAAUGUCACAGUACAGGGAUGGGUGCGCUCAGCCAGAGCUCAGAAGGUGAACGUCUUCCUCCACGUGAACGAUGGCAGCUCCCUGCAGUCACUGCAAGUUGUCGCUGGUGCAGAGCUGAAUGAUCCGCUGCUCACGUUCGGCAGUGCUGUGGAAGUCUCCGGGAUUCUCCAGGAAAGUCCUCAUGAGAAACAGCCUCUGGAGCUGCAGGCAGACUCCAUCCGUGUUAUCGGGGAGUGCGACCCUGUGGAUUUUCCCUUUAAAGUCAAAAAGAGACACGGCCUUGAGUACAUCCGUCAGUUUCCUCAUCUCCGGUGCAGAACAAACGCCUUCAGCUCCUUAUUGAGGAUUCGAAGCGAGGCCACUUCAGCAAUUCACUCUUACUUCAAGGACAAUGGCUUUGUUCAGAUUCACACUCCGAUCAUCACCUCGAACGACUGUGAAGGAGCCGGGGAGCUCUUUCAGGUCGAGCCCGCAGGUGCAGAUGAGCACUUUUUCUCCGUCCCAGCUUUCCUGACUGUGUCUGGACAGCUUCAUCUGGAAGCCACGGCUGGGGCUUUUUCCAAAGUCUACACCUUCGGGCCAACUUUUCGCGCCGAGAACUCCCAGAGCCGACGCCACCUGGCUGAGUUUUACAUGGUGGAGGCAGAGAUCUCCUUCACACAGUCCAUGGAAGACCUGACCAAGGUCAUGGAGGACAUGUUCAGGUCUGCCACGGAGCAUGUCUUGGCUCGCUGUGUGGAGGAUGUGGAUUUGUUUCACAGGCAUGUGACUCCUGGACACAGGGAAACCGUAGAUAGUAUGCUGAAGAAAAGCUUCCCUGUGAUAACCUACACUGAGGCAGUGGACAUCCUGACCCGCAGCUCCGAGCAGUUCGCCUUCCCGUCGGAUUGGGGUUGCGACCUCAAGACGGAACAUGAGAAGUAUCUGGUGAAACAUUGUGGAAACGUUCCCGUCUUUGUCACUGAUUAUCCGUAUGAUCUGAAGCCCUUUUACGCAAGAGACAACCAGGACGGUCCCCGGCAUACAGCAGCUGCAGUGGACCUCCUCGUGCCAGGAGUUGGAGAGCUCUGCGGGGGUUCGCUGAGGGAGGAGAGGCUGAGUGUGCUGAGGGCUCGGCUGGAACAGCUCGGAUUGGAAGAUGCAUAUAGCUGGUAUCUGGACUUGAGGCGUUUUGGCUCCGCCCCUCACGGCGGCUUCGGACUGGGAUUCGAGCGAUAUCUGCAGUGUCUCCUCGGUGUGGACAACAUCAAAGAUGUGAUUCCCUUCCCCAGAUUCUCCCGCUCCUGCCUUCUAUAAAACACAAUUGCAGGCUAUUGAACGUGUUCGUUGAGGUUUUUUUUCUGUCUGUCAGAGAUCGAAUAAAUGUACUGUUGUUAUA